GUGGAUUCAAUAUGCCUUUAGUAAUUUCUAUUAUCCUAAUAAUUAGACAAUGAACAACCCAUUGGAGUCGACGAAUCAUUACCAAACCGUCUGAAUUUCCUUUCGUAUCAAGUUUUUACCCUUACGUACAGCAACUUAACGUUAAGUCAAAAAUCUAAUGCCAAGUUAACGUUAAACUUAGCAUUAGAUCCUUUUUGCUAUUAACGCUUCAUAGGGCCUCAUCCAUUAUAGUAGCUUUCACGGAGCAGUUGCUGCCGUGACCUAGAUUCCUCUGCCAUAAAAAUGACAAAUAUCUAUAAAAUCCAUCAAUUCACGGGCAAACGUUUAUGUUUCUAAGUAUUAGGGUGCAUGUCAUCAUCUACUACUGCUAUGGUUCUUCUGUUAUCUCAGUUUCUCAUUACAUCUUCAGUUUUUCUUAGCGUCCUGCUAAUUGUUUCUUGUAGCGUAGAGCAUACUAAUAAGGACACGAUGACGAUGGUUAGUUCAUAUAUUGGUAAUAAUGCAAGCUUCCUCAUUCUACCCAGACAAAAUCUCGCUUUUCCAAAAAGGUGCACAUAAGUCGAAAACCGUCUUUUGUUGCCCUUUGGGAGCUGAGUGUUGUUACAUUGAAAGAAGCACUUCUAUACUACAGCCCGCGAUAUCCAUGAUAAGCUUCUUACCUUGGUAGCAAGCACGUCGACGUACAUAUAUAUAUAUAUAUCAACAGCAAGUUAGAACAAAAGUAAUUUUUUCGGUCGGCCACUAUAAUGUGUAUAGUAAAAAUGAUUUGUCAUAAGUAAUAUUAUGCCUGCUAUCGUCACAUAAAUACCUUUAUCUAUACCAGACUUAUGCCAUGUCUUUAUUUGUACCUCGGCAAAGCUUACAAGUACCCCCUAUUAACCCGAUAGUUUAUUUUUACCUUAAACUAGGUAUUAUCAGAAAUGCGAAUGAAGUGGGAUAAUAUCAGUAGCGUCGUUAUUUAGUCUUCUAUGGGAAACUCUUGGCCACUCAACUCCUCCUUACCCCCCUCCGCCCUCCUAGCGUCAUGUAAACGUGUACGGUAUGUGAUUUAUUGUUCAACUUGAAAAAGUGAGGGAUGCUGCCUUUUUCAUUCCUUGUUGGCCCUGUAUUUAAGAUCGAAUCAUUCGUGUCGCGCUAAAGAGAACAAACUAACCCAAACAUUGUAUUUCUAAUGGGUGACAUGUUCUUCUGUGUGCGAAACGAGAAUGACUCAUGUGAGCACUCAGACACAACCAUACUUGGACUUCCGUAUCGUGUGCCAUCACCUCUUGUGCAUUGUUCGUCACAAUUGUGGUAGCAUUAACAGAUACACAACAUAACAAACGCCAACAAUGUUUUCUCUUUUCUUACCUGAAGAGACGCGUCGGCAACAUCCCCUGUCUGUGUAAGUUAGAUGUGUUAGUUAGAGGCAACGCAGUAGGGGAUCGCCGAAGCCAAAAGACGUCAUUAGCCGUUAAGUUACUAACUGAACCAGCGAAAUUUUUCGUGGUCGUGGUGAGACAAUCGUAGUUACGUUCCAGUAUAAUCGCAGCAUAUGAGAACAGAACUUCGUAUCGAUGUUGACGUUGUGUGAAGUAAACUACGGGGCUUAGACAAGAUGAAUACAACAGCAAUGAGGAUAUAGGCAGGAAAUCUUACGCGAAAAAUCAGGGAAAACAGUUCGCUUGGCUGUCAAGAGGAAAACAUGGAUUUGCUUUACAGUUUCCUUGUACAUCGCACUGAUAUGUGGAAAAUUUUCAACCAGAACGUAAAUUUUAAAACUACUAAGCUCACAUAUUGAAAAAACAUAUUGAGGUAAGUACCAUUGCUGUGAUGCAAAACCAGCUAACGAUAUCUACUACGCAUGCCCAACUCGCACGUCUCCAUAAAAUAAGCCAAAAUACACAGGUAUGCUAAGCGCGUUGCCCGGCAUCCAAUCUCCAGCAGCCUCUUUUCGAUUUGAGGUAUACGGUACGGUCUUUAAAGGUUAAUCGCGGUGGUUUGUAGAAUUUGAAUAGACAAACUUCAGCAGCAGGCAGAUUCGUUGUUUGGAAUGGACAACUUUUUGAGGAAACUUACAACUUAAGAAAAUUUGUUGCAGAAAGUUGAAGAUAUGAUUGACGAUUCCAUGCUAUUUUCGGGCCUAAGCUACAUAUAAGAAACCCAACUCCAUCUAAAUGCUACUCAUAUGAGUACUUAUCGAUAAACAUAUCCUAAUCCAAAGGUGCGGACGAAAUAGGAUACCGUUAGGUUUACUUAGGCACAUUUGUCUUGGGCAUAAUAUGUUGAAAAAAUAUAUAUUCAUGCACUGUGGCAAUGAUACCUCUCAUUAAUUUUAUAAGUUGUCUAAAGUUUCAUGCAACCUAUCUUCACAAGCUCGUGCUCAAUAGGCUACUACAAAACACCUAGAAGGGUACUAAUCGAGCGGUUUUGUAAACGAUGCAUUAUUCAGUGGAGUGUACAUUGAAGUGGCUAGAGCUUAGUAAAUCACUUGCUAUUAUACACUGCAACCACCAUGGAGGCUCGAUAGUCAUCAAAACGUCAAACUGCAGACCAUUUUUAAUUACUUUGUCCACUCAGGACUUAUUUGCCCUAAGAGGUCAUCUAUCUGAAACAACGAACAUCGUGAAAGUCCAAUAAAUUCCAUUCCAUUAAAUUGGUACGUAACAUUUUCACGCCAUUUUUUUCUCAUCGUCAUAAAAUUUUAAGUAACAAAAUUGUGACCCCAUCUCCCGGAGACUGUAGACCUCAGAACGAACCAAUUGAUGUGCAUAGCUAAAAAAUUUCAGGUUAUAAUCUUCAAACAAACAGAUCGGCGCCUUACUGGGACUGCGCUUCGACUGGACGUCUUUUACGGACGCUUAAUGCACACUGUGCCCCCAAGGCAGCGCAAUGACCAAGACACUUUCGCAAUCGCUGCAGCAUUUACAGGAUGUACAGACUCGUCUUCUAACUUCGUCUCAUAAGUCUAAAACAAGCUUUAGCGCCAGUCAAAGCCCUAGUCCCAGAAAAGUCUUGAUCGAAGAGAUCGCGGAGAUUAAGGUGUCAGUGAAAGAGCUAUUUAGGAAACAGGAUGAAUUAGAUCGUCGAGCAGCGGAGCUUGAGGCGCGUGAACAGUCAUUACGAGAAAACCCCGGAAGUACCCGGUCUAAUAAUUUUCCUCCUCUACCUAAGACUUUCCCUUUCAAGCCAUGCUUCUAUCAAGAUAUCAACGUCGAGAUACCGCUCGAUUAUCAGAAAAUCGUGCGCUCUGCGUUUUACUUGUGGGUCUUCUAUUCACUGCUAUUAGUGGCGAAUUUGUCUGCUGGCGUAGCUGUUUUGAUAGCGAAAAACGAUGCAAUGAUUUUUAAGCGCUCCAUUAGAUCGCUUGUACUCAAUGUGCCAUUAUCGUACCUGUGCUGGUUUCGACCGCUCUAUAAGGCGUUUCGAAAUAAUUCGUCGCUCAACUUUAUAAUGUUUUUCUUGAUUUUCGCUAUACAGGUAGGGUUAUCUAUUGCUGCAGCACUCGGCAUCACACGGCAGGGGAUUAUCAGUAUCCCCAUCGCCAUAGCAGCUUUCAACCAAGGUAAAGUGUUCGGCUUCAUCCUGACGGUGAUCGCCAUAGGUCAGGCUCUGUUCGCUGCAGCCUCGAUGCUUUUGAUGAGGCGGGUCCACUCAUUAUAUCGUGGCGCAGGCGGUAGCAUAAACUGCGCUCGUGCCGAAUUCAGAAACGAAGUCUUGAAUAAUACAUACGUCCAGCAGGCGGCCGCUACUGUGGUAAAACAAGUCGGAGAUAUUGGACAAGCAGGAUAGAGAUAACGAGGUUCGGAACUGGUAGUAACGCUACGGAACUGGAAAUCGAGAACUUUAGCAGGUCACAGUCCCUGAGCUACGACAUAAUGGACUUCGACAUACUCUAUCACAAAUUCGACAUUAUUUAUUCGACCAUAAUCCAAAAAGAAAAAUAAAAUUAAGAUUUUAACGGAAAAAUGUACGGCGUAAGAUGCCAGCAAGCAAAGCUCAGAGAAACUUUUGUUUGUUCGGCAGCUUAUUUAAGAAGCACGUGUACGCGAAGUUUUAAAUCUGUAUAAUUAGAAGCCGGCUACGCCAUAACGUGUUAAGCCAAAAUUAAUGGGAUUCUUAGACAUCACUUUAAAUACAAAAAUUUAUUAUACUUUUUUUUUCUAUGGCCUUCACCGCUUUCGAAAAAGUUGAGAACUAAUCCAGUCCGUGCUGGAAUUUGUCGGUCAAGAACUGGCUUUUUUGGUCAGAGGCUGUUGUAUUGCUUCUUAGUAUAGAAAAGUAUUCAUUACUGAAUUAGUUUGCAUUUCGAAAAAAAUCUUACAACACAGGAUUAUACAAGGAUUCACAAAACUUUUCAGAACGAGCAAACAUUUCAACGUUAAGGGGUAAUCCGAUAACUGAAUUUGCUGAAAACAGAAAAAUCGAUGUUAGGUUAGGUAUUUACAUUAUGCCGGAGUGAGUAUAACAUUAUUUCCUGGCUGAGAAAUAAUUUGACUUCACUAUAUUACAGACAUGAAUUUAAUUUCAUUUUAGACGUAUAGGGUUAACUGAUUUGUAUCCUGUGUUUUACGUAAAACAAUAACGAUUGUGAUCGGCUUCCGUUUCGAAUAACAUCGGAUCUA